AUGGGUGUCGACGACCGGACUGGAGAUAUUGAGCUUUCGACUGUUCCUGUACAGCCUGAGGAUAGCCAGGAUCUCGAGACUUUGAAUGUCUUUGGUAGAGCCGAAGAUGGUGAAGUCUUUUCUCUUCCUCCAGCUGAUGGUGGUAAGGAUGCAUGGCUAUUCCUGGCUAGCUGUGUGAUAUUUGAGGCCGUCUCUUGGGGCUUUCCUUUCAGUUUUGGUGUUUUCCAAUCAUAUUACGAGCAACACUUUGCAGGCAAUGGUUCCAGCGUCGCAGCAAUUGGUACCACUGCGACCGGUCUGUUGUAUGUGUCGGCUCCUUUCUGGUUCAUCGCUUUGAAAAUGAAUCCUCGAUACCGUAGACCAAGUGUCUUUGUCGGCUUUGUCAUAAUGAUAGCUUCCCUUAUCGGUGCAUCUUUCGCAAAGUCAGUCAGCCAGCUCAUCGCAACCCAAGGUGUAAUGUACGCCAUCGGUGCUUCCAUGCACUACUACCCUCUGUUCAUUUACCUGGAUGAGUGGUUCGUGCUGAGGCGUAACUUCGCAUUCGGAUGCAUCUGUGCAUCUUGCGGCGCUGGAGGUGUCAUCAUCCCCUUUGCUCUGGAUUGGGUGCUUCGCACGUACGGCUUCCGCACUGCAUUGAGGACGUGGGCUGUUGUUGCCGUAGUGCUCACCACUCCAGCACUCUUCUUCAUGAAGCCACGCCUACCUGUGCGACACCACACCAACGUUGGACCACAAAAAGUCGAAUUCGGCUACCUGAAAAGCAGAACUUUCUGGAUCUUGCAGAGUGCCAGUAUCAUCCAAGGACUGGGAUUCUUCUUGCCGAGUGUUUACUUGUCGUCUUUUGCACAGGCAGUCGGGUUCACUGCUGUAGAUGGUACACUGGCCAUUGCUUUGAUCAACGGCGCACAGAUUAUUGGAGCCAUGUUCAUUGGCUACCUCGGCGAUCGAUGCCAUGUUACCACGGGUAUCCUUGUCUGCAGUAUCGGCAGUGUCGUUGCCGUCUUUGUCUUCUGGACCUUCGCCACCAUCAAGCCCAUGCUAUUCGUGUUCGCAAUUCUGUAUGGUGUUUACGCAGGCGGCUACUCGACAACAUGGUCCGGCGUGGCAAAGACAAUUCGCGAAAAUGGAUACCCAGGCGCUGAGACUGGUAUGAUUAUCUCGCUGUUCAGUUGUGGCAAAGGAAUCGGUGCUGUGGUCUCGGGGCCCAUGAGUGAAGCAUUGGUCGAGGCAGAUCAUUGGAGGUCCAAUGCGCCUUUUGCUUUCGGAUCUGGCUAUGGUUCGCUGCUUGUGAUGACGGGUGUCACGGCGUUCGUGGGUGGUUCUGCAUGGUACGCGAAGCAGUUCAAAUUGAUCAACUAG